GAUUCAUCCACUCACCGCUCUGUGCAUCAACGCAUAAUUAAGCAUUACGUAAUCUUCACGAUUCAAACAAUAUUGGACUUGUCGGCACAAGCGCGAAGAAAGCGUGGAACAGUUUUUGGUUUGAGACUCAAUGUCCAUGUCUUUCCACGUAUACACAUACACAGUCCUCAUAACGCCGACCUGACUGAAGUAGAACCAUCUGAGCACUCCAUUUUCAUACGAAUUACCAUCGAUGGAAUUAGACGGAGGAGCUCAUUCUACUCCCGAAAGCUCUUGCUAUUAACUCCAGUUCUGGUACCUGUCCCGCGUUUUGAAAUGGACAAGGAAACUUUAAUAUACCUCAUAGCCCUGGCAUGUUGGACGUGGUAUUUCUUCAUUCUACUCGUGCAAGCGAUAGGCUCUACUCAAUUGUUUCGUUACUACUCUUCCGUUCCCAAGCCCGCUAUCUCCCCAAGCUUGGAUAGCGAUGACAUUCCCCAUAUUACGAUUUUACGACCAGUGAAAGGACUAGAGCCACAAUUGUACGAAUGCCUCGCAGCCACAUUCAGACAGACAUACCCAGCAAAUAAGUUGACAAUAUACUUCUGUGUUGGAUCAUCCACCGAUCCCGCAUUCCCAGUUCUUCAACGUCUGCUGGCGGACUUUCCCGAGUUCGAUGCAAAAGUGUUUAUUGAAGAGGAAGAUCCAAACCUGAGCGGCCAUGGAGGAGAGAUCGGCAACCUUGGACCAAAUCCUAAGAUUAGGAAUAUGAGUCGCGGCUACAGGGAGGCAAAGGGAGAUAUUGUGUGGAUCCUCGAUUGCAAUGUCUGGGUUGGAACAGGUACUGCUGGACGAAUGGUCGACAAGCUGUGUGGGUUGAAGGCUGAUGGUACGAGGACAACACCAUAUAAAUUCGUCCACUUGCUACCGUUGGUCGUAGAUACAGUUGUAACCAGCACUGGCGGAGAGACAGAUCGACUUCUCACAGGCGGGCAACAAAUUACAUCCACAAAUUCAAUGACCUCCAACAUCACAAAUGUUCCAAAGAACGAGUCCAAUUUCGACGCAGGCGCAAGGAUUGGUGGUGGACGUUUUGAAGAAUCCUUUAUGGCGUCUUCGCAUGCUAAGUUCUACACGGCAAUCAAUACAGUAUCGGUUGCGCCAUGCAUUGUUGGCAAAUCAAAUAUGUUCAGACGUUCUCAUCUAAACUACCUCACCUCAACCUCUCCAGAUUAUUCUCCAGGGAUAGACUUUUUCUCGGAAAACAUUUGCGAAGAUCAUUUAAUUGGAGACUUGUUAUGGCGAAAGCAGGUACCGGAGGAGGAAGCUGGAGAAAGGUGGCACAAACACGGUUUGGUUCCUGGUGACUUAGCUAUACAGCCAAUGGCUGGUAUGUCAGUUCGAGAAUACAUUGCACGCCGAGUACGUUGGCUCAGAGUUCGAAAAUGGACCGUUACACUGGCCACAUUUGUUGAACCUGGUGUUGAACCCCUUUUAUGCUCAGCCUAUGGCUCUUUUGCAAUCACAACACUGCCUUGGUUUCAUGAAAAUUUGAGUGUGCCUCAGACAUGGCUUGCUUUUGCCUUGGUUUGGUUGUCAAAUGUUGCUGCGUGGAUGACCCUUGAUUGGUUUGUCUAUGCUCACCUUCAUUCUGGUGCAUCUAUUGAGCUGGAUUCAAAUACGCCUUCCUUUGCACAACGUCCACAGACAAGGUCCAGAAGACCCUUCAAAGAAUGGGCAUCUGCAUGGCUCGGCAGGGAAAUCCUUGCAUUGCCUAUUUGGAUAUGGGCAUGUCUUGGUGGAACGACGGUAAUGUGGAGAGGGAAAAAGUUCCGCGUCAAUCUUGAUAUGAAAGUCAUCGAGAUCAAAGGCGAGAAAAAAUCAUCCACCCCUGAAAUCGAAAAUGGACGAGCGUACAGUAAAGAUAGACAAGAUUGAUUGUCCUUGUACAAAAGUUAAAUUCUACCCAAUAAUAAUAUAAUAUAUCAUUACGAUGUUGCACAGCAUCUACAUCUUGGCUUCGCUUACAGCUCGUAAAUCAUUAAUCAUAGCCAGUGACA